CUAGAUCAUUUUCAACUUUCACACCUUUCAAAUCCUGUUACAAGCUACUUUCAAAUCAUGAAAUAUCUUCUGAGCAUUUGUCUUGUUGUUAUGCUGGCACAUUUGGCAAUUUCUGCCCCAUUGCAAAGUGAAUUAAUGGAGUUAUUGGACAGCAGAGAUGAGGGAUUGAUGGAAACUCUUCUACUGAAAGAAUUAUUGCAGAAGCGAAGUAUCAGUAGAAGUAAGUGCAGAGCUUGCAAACAUACCAAUUCUGGUCGUUGUGCUGGAUACGAAGGAAUUUGUGCUGAAUACUAUGAUAUACAUAUCUAA